AGGAAAGUAAAAGGUAGAGAGAAGGAAGAGAGUGAGAGAGGCGGGAUUGAGGACGGAUGCAAUGCCGCGGGCCAGCGCAGCGAAGCAGCAGCAGCAGCAACGGAACAGCCAAGAGGAAAGAAAGGGCCAAAAAGCAAAACGCUUGACGUGUUGGAGCAGCGGCCGGCAGCCAACCAACCGGCCGGAGAACGCGCGCCGCCGCGUGCAAGGCCAGGCAGGGAAAGGAAAAGAACGGAACGGGGAGAACAAAAAAGCAGAGAGGACCGUGUUGCCGUCGCGGUUCCGGAGCGUUCGGUUCGUCGACACGACACGACACGACACGACACGAUGCGAGACGGACACCGGGGGGGGCUCUAAACUGACGGGCCUGCCGCAGAUGGUUACUAGGUAAGGUAGGUAGGUAGGCAGGUACCCUUACGCACGGGUGAGUGUGUUGUGUGUGUGUGUGUGUGU